GAGGAGGUGUGUAUGGGUCGUCAUCUGGGAGACGUCUCUCUCAUUGCACGCCUCUGUCCCCAUGGCAGCAGGGCUGCACGUUCCUCUCUCCGCUUUGAAACGGCCUCGUCCCAGUACUGACGUCAGCACGGAGCCCUCGCGUCUUCUCACACCCCCCUCUCACCACCCACUCUCUCUCUUCCUCUCCUCCUCUCUCUCUCUGCCAUCUCCCACGCUUUGCACAUGAUGUGGAUGAGAUGUCCAUUGCUGGCGGGCUCUCUCGCAAUGGCAGACUGAGGCUGCAGACAGACGCGUAUCGUCGUCGUCUUUGUUCUUACUGCUGCUGCUGCUAUUGCAGAUAAUCUCCGCGCGUAUCCAGCCAUUCAUCCAGCCAGCCAGACAGACGGCAGCAGCAGCAGCAGCGGCGGCUCCUCAUCGGUUCGAGAGAGAAAAAGAAAAACCGCAGGGCUCCCAUUCAUUGAGCCGGAACUCAAGACAAGCCGGCCUCCAUCCAUCGAAUAUCGAUGUCGGUCGGCCCUUUCCAGCUGGAGCGGCUUCCUUGAGACUCGGUGUCGAUAUUCGGAGCCGCGCGCGCGUCCCCAUUCAUAUCGGCGGCGUUGUCUUCCUUCAUUGUUGCGCAAGGCAGCGGGGUUUGCAGCAGUCGACGUCCGCGCGGGGUUACUGGGAGCGAGAAGCAGAGACAGCGCAGGCAAAUGCACGGAGGCACGCGCGAACACACACGGAGACGAUCUUGCACGCACACGGAGACGAUCUUACACACACACGCAGACAUACAGGCUGUUGGGGCAAGUGCUGUUAGCGAGACUCACACACACUGCCUUCUCACUAGCACACACAUUCACACGCGCAUACAUAGAUAAACACACUCACUCCCACAAUCACACGCAACACCCAUUCUCUCACACCCUAUCACACCCGCUCACACACCCACACUCACAUCCUCUCACACACACUCACACACCCACACUCCCACACACACACUGACCCUCUCACUCGCUCACUCUAACCCUCUCACCCACCCACACUCACCCACUCACACUCACCCUCUCACCCACCCACACUCACCCACUCACACACUCACCCUCUCACCCACCCACUCACUCAGACACACACUCACCCUCUCACCCACCCACACUCACCCACUCACACACUCACUCUCUCACCCACCCACUCACACACACACUCACCCUCUUACCCACCCACACUCACCCUCUCACCCAUCCACACUCACCCACCAACACUCACCCUCUCACCCACCUACACUCACACACUCACCCUCUCACCCACCCACACUCACCUACUCACACACUCCCUCUCUCACCCACCCACUCACACACACACUCACCCACUCACACACUCACCCUCUCACCCACCCACUCACUCAGACACACACUCACCCUCUCACCCACCCACACUCACCCACUCACACACUCACUCUCUCACCCACCCACUCACACACACACUCACCCUCUUACCCACCCACACUCACCCUCUCACCCAUCCACACUCACCCACCAACACUCACCCUCUCACCCACCUACACUCACACACUCACCCUCUCACCCACCCACACUCACCUACUCACACACUCCCUCUCUCACCCACCCACUCACACACACACUCACCCACUCACACACUCCCCUCUCACCCACCCACAUUCACACACUCACCCUCACCCACCCACUCACUCAUACUCACCCACCCACACUCACCCACUCACCCUCUCACCCACCCACACUCACACACUCACCCUCUCACACACUCACCCUCUCACCCACCCACACUCACACACUCACCCUCUCACCCACCCACACUCACCCACCCACACUCACCCUCUCACCCACCCACUCACCCUCUCACCCACCCACCCACUCACACGCGCACAGCCACCCACUCUCACCCACAACGCGCGCGCACGCUCCCCGGACGCAGCAGCAGCAGCAGCCGCCGCAGCCUCGCGGACGCUUGGAUGGUGCAGAGGGCGGAGGAGGCCGCGGCGAUGAGUGUCGAAGUCCCCGCGGGGCUCACGGAGCUCCUCCAAGCCUUCACCGUGGAGGUGCUUCGCAGCCGGCCCGCGGAUCUGCUCGACUUCGCGGCGGCGUACUUCGCCGAGAUGCGCCAACGGGCCAGGGAGAGAUGCGGGGCUCCCUCGCAGCAGCUGGCCGACGGAUUCGAGGAUGCACACGGCCGAGGGGUCAACUUUUCCGAGGAGAACGCGGCCGGACACUCGUCCAACAGCGACAACAACGGCGACGACGAUCGGGACGAUGACGACGACGACGACGAAUCCGAUUUCGAAGCUCCGGUGAUCAGCAGAUUCACAAGGAGAGCAUCCGUGUGUGCGGAGGCCUACAAUCCAGACGAAGAGGAGGAAGACACAGAAGCCAGAGUCAUUCAUCCCAAGACAGACGAGCAGCGCAACAGGCUGCAGGAGGCCUGCAAGCACAUCCUAAUCUUUAAAAACCUCGACCAGGAGCAGAUGUCACAGGUUCUGGACGCGAUGUUUGAAAAGACGGUGGAGACUGGGGAACACGUCAUUGACCAGGGAGCUGAUGGAGACAACUUCUACGUCAUUGAGAGGGGAAUGUACGACAUCUACGUGACGACGAACGACGUCUCGCGCUGCGUGGGCGCCUACAACAACCGGGGGAGCUUCGGCGAGCUCGCCCUCAUGUACAACACGUCCAGAGCCGCCACCAUCAUCGCCACGUCCGAGGGGGCCCUCUGGGGACUGGAUCGCCUUACCUUCAGACGGAUCAUCGUAAAAAAUGCAGCAAAGAAACGAAAAAUGUACGAAUGCUUCAUUGAAACAGUACCUCUACUAAAGUCACUUGAUUUUUCCGAGAGGUUAAAGGUCGUCGACGUGAUCGCGUCGAAAAGCUUUCAAGAUUCCGAGCGGAUCAUUGCUCAGGGAGAAAAAGCUGACUGUUUUUACCUCGUCGAGUCCGGGGAAGUGAGAAUUGCGAUGCGGAGGAAGUCGGUGGCGGAGAUGGACCCGCGGGAGGUGGAGAUCACGCGGUGCACGCGCGGCCACUACUUCGGCGAGCUGGCGCUCGUCACCAACAAGCCGCGCGCCGCCUCGGCUUACGCCGUCGGGGAAGUCAAGUGCGCCGUGAUGGACGUGCAGGCCUUUGAGCGUCUGUUGGGCCCCUGCAUGGACAUCAUGAAACGGAACAUUGAGCACUACAAGGGGCAGCUGGUGGCCUUGUUUGGAGAGAGCGUUGACCUGACCGACCCUGACCUGUGACACGUCCGACCUUCAGGCCAUUCCUCAGUGUUCAACUUCCCUCUUCUCUGGCUUGGCCCUACCAUGGUGGGUGAAUGAAGGGGCCUGCGGGUUAGUAUUGGGUG